GUAGUUGUCGUCUCGCUUGCCACCACAGUAACAGCAUCCUCUGCGAACGCUGUGACCAUCGCCCCUCAUUACCUGAACUGCUCCCUUUCAAAUACACUUUCAGAGGCGGGGCCAUUGACGGACUCCUGUAACCCGACUUUCUCUUUACUUUUUAACCAUGACUUCCAUGGCGGACGUUCCGGUGUAUAUGUUACCAGGAGUACCGGUGGUGCAACCGCCUCAUCUCGAGGGUCUUUCAGAUCCAUCUCUUUCAACUGAAAUUUUACCAGGUCCACCUUCCCUGCUGUCUGUUCAGCAGGCUGCGCACAAGCGCGACCCAAAGAAACCAGGAGCUUUCGUGUCGUAUCUGCCAGCAUCUGAUCCGGGCUCCACCUACUCUGGUUUGAUGGCCUCCACCUUCAGUGGCACAGAUGCUGAAGGGCAACGGCGCAAACGUGCUAGGGUCGACAAAGGAACUGCAAACGGAAGGGCUCAGCGUGCAUCUGCUCGCAACAUGAACAGCAGUGCCAUUCCACCCUCGGAUCUUAUGGUCCCUGAGGUAUCUUCUCGCCAGCCCAGUAUACCCCCAGUCCCAGACUCUGACCCUUUCCCGAUAAACCCUGACUUUGACGAGCCUUCAGUCUCUCGAGCAACCUCUGCUCCUGCUCUCGACGAACCUUUGCCGCCUCAGCCACCCCCUCCAUUGGUAUCAAAUGGGAGAGGAAGACCGAGAAAAGACAAAGGGAAAGGGAAGGAGACUGAAAAAUCCUCUGUAAAGAUCAAGGAGGAGCCAAUGACCUCAUUCUCGCUCUCUCCUGACCCUUCACUUGGACUGUUGAACGAAGAUCACUGCUCAUCUUGCCGGUCGUUGGGAGCUCUGGUGUAUUGCGAUGGGUGCCCACGAGCCUUCCAUCUCUGGUGCCUCGACCCACCAAUGGAGACUGUCGACUUGCCGGAACUCGGAGAGAAGUGGUAUUGUCCUAGCUGCACGAUUCGGAAGCAUCCACCGCUCAAACCUCCGCCUUCCUUCAUUUCACCCCUCAUUCAUCAAGCACAGACAAACAUUCCAAAAGAAUUCCAGCUCCCAGAUGAUGUUAGGAAUUUCUUCAAGGAUGUUGCUACUGGUUCCAAUGGGUGUUACAUUGAUAACUCGGAGAUCAAACAACCUCGCCUGAAUCGCCAUGGUCAGCUCGAGGAACGCGAACCUUACCGUCUCAAGGACAAGAACGGUGUCCCUGUGCUUUGCUUCCGUUGCGGAACAUCUGCUCUUCCCAGUGCUGUUGAUGUGUCUGCUCCUCCAGCAAAGCGUCCCCGGAGGUCGACAUCGUCCUCCCAUAGUGCCACUCCAGAGGUUUGGAGAAGUAUGGUAUCUUGCGAUUACUGCAGUCUCCACUGGCAUUUGGACUGUGUCGACCCGCCUCUCGUCACCAUGCCGCCAUUCAAUAAGAAAUGGAUGUGUCCUAACCAUGCAGAUCACGCUUUGCAAUCUAAGCGUCGCGUUCCUAAGCAAAAUCCGUCCAUGAUAGACAUCACAAAACCGCGUCAGUUUAACAAUGGCAACAUCGAUAUCGUUCACCCACAAGGCACUUCGAUAGCAGAGAAGUUAGUCCUUGAUGAAAUCCUUAUCAAUGGUCGAAGGUAUAGAGUUCCGGAGAAGGUGAUCAUGCUUGACUUCUGGAAUAAACUCAGUAGAGAUCAGCAUUUCGAUCAAAGGCCACCGGUGUCUGCGAUGUCUUCGCCUCUCACGUCCCUGAGCUCUUUGGAUGAUUUUGAUGAGAACAUCGGCACAUUAUCGGAAGGACCUCUUAUCUCGCGGGACGAGUUGCAUGCUGCACAGGCACUGUGCAAUUUCCAGCAAAUGCUGAACAAGCAAUCAGAACAGAGACAUACUCCUAUUGUCAACCCAAGGAAACUUGUUGACUCCAGUACACAAACAGAAGCAGAGUUACCGCCUAUUAUACCUUUACCCCCGCAGGUGGAGGUCUUGAGAGCAUCUACUAACAAGCGCAAAGCACCUACCAAGUCCGCUGCCCCUGCGCUAGAGAAUGGUUCUGGUGUUAAGUCUUCGGUACCAUCUCCUGCUGACCAAUCGGCUCCGGUGCGGCCCAAGAGGGCGCGAAUUGCGGUGAAACAGGAGGUGGAGGAAGUCACUUUACGUGUGCCUGAUAAGCCCGAGAAGCAGCCAGAGGCUCAAGGGAAGUCCACGAGGACUACUCGCCAACGCCGGAAGCCCAGGCCUUCGGACACAGCGAAGGAUGAGGGUGCAUCUAUGACGAACGCCCAGACCAUUACGCCGGCAUCUAGUUCUAUGGUCCGAUCUGUUGGUCCUGAAGCUUCUGACUUGCACGGUGCUUCAGCCUUGCCCGCCCCCAAUCCUCCCAAAGUUAAUGCACCUAUCACUCCCAAGGCCUCAGUCACAAUCACCCAGUCUUCCCAAUCUUCAACUCCUACGUUGAAGAUACGAUUACCGCGACUGAGUGCUGUCAGCGCUGCAGUGCAUUCGAAUGCUGCCCCACCCGCGACGGGACCAGUACGCACUGCAGCAGGAGCCAAGGAACCCCGCCCAAAGCGCUCGUUACGACGACAGACUUCUGACUCUGCUACUGUCUCUUUGAGCGGCACGUCUCCGUCUGCAACUGAUGGUGGUGACGAAUUUGAGCCAACCAAACUCAAACGUAAGCCAUCCAAGUCGGGCAGGAAAGUCCGUGAAUGAGCUCCAUGGACCGCAUGUCGUACCUUGACAUGCAGUCGCAAAAGGCUGGGGUGUAGAUGAUUAUAUACGUCUUGUCACAUCAACAUAAAUUUUGUACUGAGCGGCAAUGCGUGCUUGUUCUUUUGUUUGGCUGUGUUAGGAACCCAAGCCAUCAGAAGUCUGCACCGUUCACCUUUCAAAUAAUCAAUUAUGAGAUAAGCCAAUAUUUGAGGUUACCUCCCGGUUUGCAU